GGCGGGACCAAACUGGACCAAACGCAAACAUGGCGGCUUCCUUGGAUGAUGAAUUUGAGUUUAAUAACCAGGACUACUAUUCUCUACUCAACGUCAGGAAGGAGGCUACAUUGGAGGAGCUGAAGGCAUCAUAUCGGAGGCUAUGUAUGCUCUACCAUCCUGACAAACAUCGAGACCCAGAGCUGAAAAGACAAGCUGAACAACUGUUCAAUCAGGUUCAUCAGGCUUAUGAAGUGCUGAGUGAUGCUCACUCCAGAGCCAUCUAUGACAUCUUUGGGAAAAAAGGGCUGGAGGUGGAAGGCUGGGAGGUGGUGGAGAGGAAGAGGACACCAGCAGAAAUACGAGAGGAGUAUGAAAGACUACAGAGAGAAAGAGAAGAGAGAAGACUGCAGCAAAGAACAAAUCCCAAGGGCACCAUCAGCGUUGGUGUGGAUGCAACGGACCUGUUUGACCGUUAUGAUGAGGACUUUGAAGAGAUGCCAGGAGGAGGCUUUCCUCAUAUUGAAAUCAACAAGAUGCAUAUUUCCCAGUCCAUCGAGGCUCCUUUGACAAACUCUGACACAGCAGUGCUGUCUGGUUCGCUCUCCACGCACAAUGGGAAUGGCGGGGGCAACAUCAACAUGACCGUACGCAGAGUUAUGUCGGCCAAGGGCUGGGGAGAGGUGGAGUUAGGUGCCGGAGAUAUAUUGGGACCUCUCAUUGGGUUAAAGGUGUUUCGCAAUCUCACUCCACGGUGCUUCCUGACAGCCCAGUGUGGUUUGCAGUUCUCUCCACGAGGCUUGCGGCCAAGCUGUUCUCUGAUGACGGCACGCCACCUGGAUCAGAACACUAUGGGUUAUCUUCAGUGGCGCUGGGGGCCCAACAGUGCCAUGACUACCAGCUUGGUCCGAGACACCAAGAGCAGCCACUUUACCCUCGCACUGCAGCUGGGUGUGCCUCACUCCUACCUGAUGAUGAGCUACCAGUACAAGUUCCAGGAUGAAGACCAGACCAAAGUUAAAGGCUCUGUCAAGACAGGCUGGUUUGGCACUGUGGUAGAAUAUGGAGCAGAGAGGAAGAUCAGCCGACACAGUGUACUGUCAGCCACUGUCAGCAUUGGUGUCCCACAGGGAGUCACACUCAAGAUCAAGUUGGCGCGUGCAAGUCAAACGUACCUGUUUCCAGUUCACCUGACAGAUCAGCUUCUGCCCAGUGCUGUCUUCUACGCCACUGUCGGACCCCUGCUGGUGUACAUGGCCAUCCACAGACUCGUCAUCAUCCCAUAUACACAUGCACAGAAAGAGCAAGAGCUGGAGCUGCAGAGGAAGAGCUCUGCCACAGACAUCGCCAAGAAGAAGCAGGAGGCAGAGUCUGCUGUUCUGCUGAUGCAGGAGUCUGUGAGGAGAAUCAUAGAAGCAGAAGAAUCUAAGAUGGGUCUGAUCAUCCUGAAUGCCUGGUAUGGAAAGUUUGUGUCAGAUACGAGCCAGAAGCAGGAGAAAGCCAAGGUCAUCGACGUGACUGUGCCUCUGCAGUGCCUGGUCAAAGACUCCAAACUCAUCCUCACUGAGGCCUCAAAGGCGGGGUUGCCGGGUUUCUACGACCCUUGCGUAGGAGAGGAGAAGAGUCUAAAACUGCUGUACCAGUUCAGAGGUGUCAUGCACCAAGUCAUCUCUGCAGACACUGAACCGCUACGGAUACCCAAGCAAUCUCACAGAAUUGAGUCCGAGUCCUAGGAGCUCACCACCACUGGAGCACCAGAAGGCAAAUACAGAUAAAACAGACUUUGUGUGAGCAGAAGAGCCCGAGAACGAAGGGGACACAUCAAAAAUAAGUUUGUUUUUCUCCUCUGGCCUUCUUCUGUCAUGGUAUUAGUGAAUCUGUUUAUCAAGUUCCUCCACUCCUCCUUUUCCUGUAGGCCAUUUCCCAGGUCCAGCAGAAUACAGCUCUGAGUCAGCUCCGAGUUUCCUCCAGGUGUUACACUUUGUCUCCCCCAGUUGGCUCCACCUGACAGAACUGCUCAAAUCAGUGUGCUGUCGGAGAUCAGAAGUUUUCCCGGAGCAUAGUUUUAUACAUGCCCAACACAGACGGCAUGACUGUCACUGCGGAUGCGGUGAUGAUUUCCCUCAGUAAUGAACUAGAAGCGCACAGGUACAUUUAAACGUGUUUCUCAACAUCCAUUAUGUCAGGUAUAUACAAAGGAGCUGUCAUUUUUCCCCAUAUUAUUUUUGUCUUUGACUUGUACGUGUGUUACCCAGGUAGUUUCAAUCUAAUAACGGAAUAACAUAGUCAUUGCAAUAAUUCAUGCAAAUGUUCACGGUAACUCUAUGCAGGAUCAUGUCUCAGUAACCCCGAGGCCCGCCAGGACUGAAGUC